GGCUAACUGAUGCAUUUGUGUACAUUUUGUCUCGUUCUUGACUGAUAGAGGAGCCCCGUCGAAUAUCGAGAUAUCGAAUCGAGCCUGUUGCGUUGCAAAUGCUCGAUCCUGCUUGAAAAUACUGCAGUGCCUCUGCAGGGCCUCCGCAGUUCCGGCGCAGCGCGGAACGGAUGCUGGAGCCUGGUGUAACUAGGUCGGGAGCGAGUCGCAGUGUCCUGCAGUAAACUUGUAAGGGUAUCGAUUUUUAUGUUCUUAGUGUCUGUUUCGUUAGUUUAAGUGUCGUGUCAUGGGAAUAUUUGUGCAUGGGAUGUUUCUAUAGAGCAAGACAGAUCCACACAGAGUGAAUUGGAAGGUUAGAAGAUGACCAAGGAUAGAUUAGCAGCUCUAAAAGCAGCACAGAGUGACGAGGAAGAUGAUUUCCCCGAAGAUCAUGCUGUGGACAUGGAAGGGCGGGACGGGUUCAUGGACGAGUUUUUUGCAGAAGUGGAGGAGAUCCGGGGGAUGAUAGACAAAAUCGAGGCGAGCGUCGAAGAAGUGAAGAAGAAGCACAGCGACAUCCUCUCCGCGCCCCAGACAGACGAGAAGGUUAAACAAGAACUGGAAGACUUAAUGGCAGAUAUUAAAAAAAUAUCCUUCAAAGUCCGAACAAAAUUGAAAGCCAUCGAGACCAGCAUCGAGCAAGACGAGCCCUCGGCCCGAUCGGCGGCCGACCUGCGGAUACGCAAGACGCAGCACUCCACUCUGUCGCGCAAGUUCGUCGAAGUGAUGACGGAGUACAACCGCACGCAAACGGACUACCGCGAGCGGUAUGAACAACUUGAAGAAAUGCUUGACCAGGGAAAUCCUGCUGUACUUACACAAGGAAUUGUCAUGGACACACAGCAAGCCAAACAGACCCUAGCAGACAUUGAAGCACGUCAUGCAGAUAUUGUGAAGUUAGAGAACUCUAUUAGGGAACUCCAUGACAUGUUCAUGGACAUGGCUGUGUUAGUUGAGAGUCAGGGAGAAAUGAUAGAUCGAAUUGAGUACAAUGUGGAGCAUGCAGUGGAUUAUGUAGAAACUGCUACGCAAGAUACAAAGAAAGCUCUUAAGUAUCAAAGCAAAGCCCGGCGGUCUCUUUUAUUCUGUGUGGCAUCAAAAGGAGAACACUUGAAAAGUGUAUAAACAAUACACUAUUUAUUUAAGUAAUACUUGAAGUGAUGGUGAAUUUUGUAAGUACUGUCUCCGAACUUGUUCUGAGGGUUCUAAACUGAAGAGCUCUAAGGAAAAGCUGUCCCUGGAAGGAUAAUUAACCUAAUGUACAGUUAGAGGCACGAACUCUGAACUAUGGAUUUAAUCGUCAUAGAAAGAAGAUCAUGAUGGUGAUCUGUCUGACAGUACUUGGUGUUAUACUAGUCAGCAUGAUCGCCAGCUACCUUGGGUUCUGAAGAGGCAGCAAAUAUGGCUGCUUCGAUGCUGACUGUGGCCUGGUCUCCACAGCUGUGCAGCAGCUGCUGGCUUCAGCACUGUGCAUGCGCACACUUUUCUCCACGUUCAGACUCGUUUUAUGACCCCUUUUUAAUUAGCAGUUAAGGAAAGCACAUUUUAAGAUGCCAGUUGCCUAUAUUUCCAAGUGCAGUGUGAGCCAUGAGAUGAUGUUUUCGUGGAAUUGAUUUGCAUGGCAUGUGCACAACUAUUUUUUAUGUUUCUUGUCCUGGGAACUAUUAUUUUUUAUUCUGAUGUUGUCAAACUAUCUAUUCGAGUAAGUCCAUAAUUUUUACUGCUUUGCAGUGAAAUUAUGUAGGAUGUUGAUUCCAGAAUUGUUACAUUAAAGUAGCCUUCCUUCCCCGUCAUUCCUGUUCCAUUCUUAUCCCUUUCCCCUAUUACUAGAGAGGUAUAUGUGCUUUAGACUGAAUAUGUAGAUCCUUUUAACAACAAAAAUAGCAAAAAAAGAGAAUAAUUAAUAUUAAGACACAAAUGUAGGGAAAUAAAGAAGAAGGAAAUGGGAAUUGUUGCAGUUUGCAGAGCUAUUGUUACAUAAAAUACAAUUAUCCAAUGCAAUAACUUACAAUUAGAAUGUUAAUGUGAUUUUUGCCUCUAAAAUUUUUGUGUCAUCUUUAAUCGAAGAAAUCAGGUAUUCCGAAAAAAAAAACAGUUGUAUGCAUGUCUCUUGACAGUUGUGCAUUCACUUAAGAAAGCUACAGCCUAUCUGAGAAAAUAUUUCUGCAUGGAGAUUUGAAAGAGAAUGAUACAUUCAGUGCUUUUUCACUCAACAUACAUUGUUCAUCUUAAACGCUACAUGUGUCACAUUGUUCCAUCAUUAUUCUAGAAAGUGUGCAUGUGAGGGGCAUGCAGUUGUAAUGUUUACAAGGCAAUGUGGAAUCCACAAGCUCUUUUGCAAAUAUCUUGAUAUUGUUAGUGGUAGUCUUCAAAUUUUAUAUUCUGAGUAGUAUAUUAAUAUAUAUUUGCUCACUGUGCAGUGUGCAGUUGUUCAUAGAAGGCAUGGACACUGCAUAAAUAGCAUGCCAAACUUUUGUUGUUUAAUUGUAUGGGUAAUAAAUGAGAGUAUGUGACCGGUGACUUGAGAUGCGAAGGUUAGGGGACAGCACUGAGCUAUGGGUCCUCACUCUGCUCGGUUAUUUCUGUGUGUUCAUAAAAAUAUUAACAUUUCCUAUAAUUUAUAACCUGUUCAUAUCAAAAAGACAAUUUAAAAAAAUUAUUGAUAUUAGAUAUGAAAUAUAUAAAAAAUUCAAAUGUAUGCCCACAUUAAAUACUACAAGGAAAGAUUGCAGUGAAUUUGUUGGGUGGUUUGGGGAAUACUCUGUGGGUAUAUACUGUUUGCUUCUUUGAGAGAAAAAAAAGAAAAGAAAAAGGAUUUUCAUCAAGUGAUCAAAACUCCAAAAUACUCGC